ACCACGGUUACCACGUUACUACUACCAAUGUCCAGUCCAGGACCCAAGGCAUCCCUUGACCUCACACACGUACUCUACAAUGACUCCUCUUAUCUCUCUCUUCUUCUCGCCCUCAUAACGCUAAGCCCCAUCCUCCUCAUGGCUUCCUACGCUGCGCUCGCAGUCCAAUCCCGAGAACUUCUCAUAAUUAUUAUGUGGGCAGGACAGUUGACGAACGAGGCGUUGAACUACUUCAUCAAACAUAUAAUAAGGGAAGAUAGACCUACCAAUAUGGUCGGUAACGGCUACGGAUUACCUUCAAGCCACAGUCAAUACAUGGGAUAUUUUUCCUCCUUCCUAAUUCUUCACAUGUUUUACAAACAGAGAUUCGCAUCAUCCGGAUAUCCUCUCCUCGAUAGAACGUUUAGAGCUUCAGUGUAUCUCAUAUUGCUAGCUUGGACAGGGGCAGUCGCGUAUUCACGUUAUCACCUCAACUACCACACGCCUCGCCAAAUCUACUGGGGUCUUUUCAUUGGAUCGUCGUUUGCAGUGUUCGUGUACGCCAUCCUUGAACUUCUUCCCUUCUCAUCCGACCUUAAAUCAUUUUUGUUGACCAAUCCCGUUUCCACAUUCUUCGAAAUUCGUGAUGGAUGGGCUGUAUGGCCGGACGGUGGUCGUCAAGAAGAGUGGAAGAGAUGGAGGAGAGAGUGGGAGGAGUUGAGGAGAAAGAAGCAGUCGUAGACUGUUACAAAGUAUAUCCGAGUAUUCAAUAUUCGAGUACCGAUAUGACCAGCCAUUGUAUUCACUACGAUGUGAUCCGCACAAGUCAC